CCCGUUUACUGCUUCUGUUUGGUGAUGUUGUGGACUCAUUUGCAUCUUUUGUUGUUCGUCCGAGUAAAGCCCUGCUCCCAUCUUACCUCUAUCCUAAAUCAUUGGCGGAGAUUUCUUGGCCUCUCUCCCUUCUCUCUACUUCAUUUCCUAAUGAACGAGAACCUAGGGUUCUCGUGCGCACUCCUCCAGCGGCCAUCUUCAGAUAUCAAGCUCCUCACAGUCACGGAAGAACGCCGCAGCUGGCACCAUCGUGGGGUUCGCCACCGUCACAUAUUCUCAUCGCCUUGAUGUCGUCCGCACGAGGUUCCAAGUACACGAUGGGCGAACUGCAAGCCUUCCAACAUUCAGGAACACCCCUAACGCUCUAUUCCAUCAAAACAAUGGUAUACCGGUUCAGAUCAGAAAAGUUUUUGAGGUUUGGGGGAAUAAAUCACUCAGGGAUUUAGUUGGCUGAAAGGAAGAAAGAAUCAAAGCUUCCCAUGACAGAAAAAUCCCUCUCUUCACUCGUGAAGAACCUCAUAAAACCGGUCAAGAACAUACACGAAUUUCUUAGGAGUGGUACUAUUGCACACUUCAAACUACACGAAUUUCUGUUUUUUUUGUGGGGUUGAAUAAACCUCUAAUCUUCAAGAUAUCGUUAUUAUGAGUAUCACAAUUGGGGCAGUUGUAGAGGAGGAGGAGGAGGGGGGGGGGGGCAUGACACUUCUCAUCAUGUUUUUAUUUGCAGGCCCACUUGAAGUUGAAUAAAUGGAAGUGGUUGGUUUUUCUUUCCUAAAAGAACCAGAGUUUCUUCUCCUGUUUAUGAGUUGAUUGGAGAAGCCCACUUGAGACUGUGCGGAGAACGUUUUCUCCAUAGGCAGUUCAAAAAUUGAAUCUUUUCCAUUCCGAUAAUAUCUCAGUAGUCUGUCUACAAAUACAAAGACCUUAUUCCCAGCUAGGUUUAUUCGACAUACACAAUUGUUUCCGCCGAAUCUGACAUGGUUGUGAAGAAGGGAAUCGCGAGGCUGUAUAACUGACCAUCUAGGUAGGGGUUUCGACAUAAGAGGCUGCUCAUCGCGAGGCCUGGGAUUCAAGGAGAUACGGCUCACGCUUUAGGGAUUCAAAAUGUUUGAGACAAUGGAAGUGCAGGCAGAACAACAGGUUGAAAAAGAGCCACCAAAUGAGGUUCAAACACAAGCUGAAAUGCUCAGUAAUGCACCACAUUGUCAUCAUAUAGAGCCAGAAUUAAAUAGAGAUAUUCCAGAGCAUGAAGAAGAUGGUCAAGAGUCCUUAGAAUCUGGGGAUGACAAGACUUCUAACGAGGAUGAGGAUGAGCUAAAUGAUGACAUCGGUGGAGAUGUAAGGGAUGCUCAGAGUGGGAUUGAGGAUGCCGAAGAAUGCAGUGAGUAUUAUGACUCGGAUGAUCCCCCAAGUGGUGAGUCAGACUCUGAAGAAGGGCAUGAAGAAGGUUCUGAUGUUCACUCCAAAGGCAAAAAGAAUAUGAAAUGUUGUACUUAUAAUCCACCGUCUGAAUCAAAAAGUCUAGAGGUAGACAUGUUAUUUGAUGAUGGUAGACAGUUUAAGAGUGCAUUGAUCAGCUACGCAGUGCAUAAGAAAAGAGAUGUUAGGUGGAAAAAGAAUGAGCCUCAAAGAGUUCAAGCAACUUGUGUAGGUAAAUGUCCUUUUAAGUGCACUGCCUCAUGGUCAAAUCAGUACAAAUGCUUCCAGUUGAAGACUUGGGUUGGUAAGCAUAGAUGCAAUAAGAAAUUCAAAUUGAAGGUGGUAAGUCAGACCUGGCUGGAAGAAAAAUAUGAGAAUAAAAUCUUUGAAAAUCCUUCCAUUAGAAAUGUUGAGCUACAGAAAGUAGUACGUGAUGAGUUAAAGCUAAAUGUCAACAUUUCCAAGGUGAAGAGAGUGAUUAGAAAUGUGUUAAAAAAAGUGAAUGCAUCAUUUGGGGAGCAAUUUAAUAGACUGAGAGACUAUGCACACGAGUGUAUUAGGUCCAAUUUUGGGAGCACUGUGAUAGUAAAGACACAGAGGGUGACUGAAGACGGUCCAGAAGUAUUUCAGAGGAUGUAUGUAUGCUUUGGGGCACUGAAAAGAAGGUUUUUAGCAGGGUGUCGUAAGGUAAUUGGGCUUGAUGGAUGUUUUUUAAAAGGCAUGCUUAAAGGGGAGUUGUUGACUGCAAUUGGUAGGGACGCAAAUAAUGAAAUGUACCCUAUAGCUUGGGCUGUGGUAGAGAUAGAGAACACGGACUCUUGGAGAUGGUUUCUCGAUUUACUUAAGCAUGACCUUGACAUCAACAACACGCAUCAUUGGACUUUGAUGAGUGAUCAACAGAAAGGUUUGGUGAAUGUGAUCAAGGAGUUAUUUCCUAACUCUGAGCAGAGAAACUGUUGCAGACAUAUUCAUGCUAAUUGGAGUAAGAAGCACAGAGGCAAGGUGAUGAAAAAUCAUUUCUGGAUAUGUGCAAGGUGCACCACAGAAGCAGAUUUUCUUGAGCAAAUGAGUGCUCUUGGAAAGGUCAAUGAUGCAGCGAAAACUGAUUUAGAAGUGUACGAUCCCCGUCAAUGGUGCAAGGCAUUCUUCCGAACGGAUGUGAAGUGUGAUAUUCUCGACAAUAAUCUGUCAGAAUCAUUUAAUAACACUAUUGUGAAAGCACGUUCAAAACCUAUAAUUCCAUAAGAGUUGCCACCAUGAAGAGGAUUGCACGCAAGGUGCAGUUUGGAGCAAAAUGGGUUGGUAACCAUGGGCCUCGGAUCAUGAAGAAACUAAAUGCUAAUAUCAUCGCAAGUAUGGGUUGGAAGGUGGUUUUUAAUGGUGAUGAUGGCUAUGAGGUCAAACGAGGGAGGCAUCAAUACAAGGUUAGACUACACGAGAGAAUGUGCUCAUGUAGAGCAUGGGACUUGAGCGGCAUCCCAUGUCAACAUGCUAUAUGCGCUAUCUUUGACAUGGGUGGGGAGCCUACCAAUUAUAUUGAUCAUUGCUACUCAAAGGAAGUGUACCAGACCAUUUAUUCACACCAUCUUGAGCCAAUGAAUGGGGAGUUGCUUUGGCCAAGGACUCAAAAUAAUGAUAUUGCACCCCCGAUUCCUAAAAAAUUAACUGGGAGACCUAAGAAGAAAAAAACUCGUGAGGCGAAUGAGGUGAGACAAUCUGUGAAGGCAAGGAGUACUGUGUCAAGGAAAGGGAGGAUAAUGACAUGUUCAGUUUGCAAGAAAGAAGGUCAUAAUAAAGCAAAGUGUCCCAACAAACCCCAUGAUUCUCAAACAAGUUCCACCCGACCAUCAUCAUCUCGUCAACCUCCAAAAGCCAAAAAAAUGAGGCAUACUGCCCAUGGAGGAGUAAAUGAAGGGCACAACUGAAGAGGGAAUAUUCCACAAUGCUUAGAGGACACAUUGAAAAGGGAUGUAACCCCUUAUGUAUUUGAAGUUUUUGUUAAGCCAAACUAUGCUUAAUCUUAAGUGACUAUUAUGCCUUUUUGUUACUAUGUUUUGGUGAAAAUAGCCUAUGUGUAGGCAAUAUGGCAUUAGCAAGUGUGUUGUAAGCACUUUUUUUGUCCACUGUUAUGAAAGACAUGGUUAUUGAUAUAAUUGUUAUUCGUGUUGCUUUAUUAUGA